UCAAGUUAUCAUUGAAAGUAUGCAUAGCAGCAUAAGUUUUUGUCACAUUUUUUCUUAGUGGUACUCCCACAUCUUUUAGCUACUUUACACAUCUGAAUGCAUAACAUAAAAAACAACCAGCACAAAAUUGGAAUAGCAAUGUUUGUUGACAAAAAUCUGCUACAAAAUUUCAGAAAAUUAACUACUUAGAGAGAUCAUGAAGAAUGAAGAUCCUGCAACGUGUCUAUAGCCGAAUGAAUAUCCCAACAAACCUGCUUCUCGGACUUUCACUUCACCUGAUCAAAGCAAAAGCCAAAAAAAUAGUGCUUCUUUCCUCAUUCUUCUCACCUGACAACACCAGAAUCACACACAAGUAGGGCGAAAAGAGCAGAAAAGGAAAGCAUAACCGAGAAGGAAGGCUUUGAAAAUGGGAAGCACAAACCCCUUCAAAGAUAUUUCCCUCUCCCUCACCAACAUUCUUCUCCCCUGCACCCUCCUUGCUCUGUUUCCUAUAGCUCUGUUCAGUUUCUACUUUCACCUCCUACUUCCCUUUUCUCCUUCUCCACAAACUGAGUUCACCAAUUCCAGCCCCAUCACCGACAUCUCCCACUCUUCUCUUUCUGCUUCUCCCCUUUCUCCAUCAUCAUCAUCAUCAUCAUCAUCAUCAUCAUGUGACUACUCAAAUGGUGAAUGGGUCCAAGACAAAAGAGGCCCUUUAUACAAUGACACAUCAUGUGCUGGUUUCAUCAAAGAAGGUAGAAAUUGCAUCAAGCAUGGAAGGCCUGACUCUGGCUACCUUUACUGGAGAUGGAAACCAAGUGAAUGCAAUCUUCCAAGGUUUGAACCAAACACUUUCCUCAAACUAAUUGAAAACAAGCAUGCAGCUUUUGUUGGGGAUUCUAUGGCAAGAAACCAAUUAGAGUCCCUUCUUUGCAUGUUAUCCUCUGCUUCAGCCCCUAAGCUUGUCUACCAAAUUGGCAAGGACAACCAAUUCUUCUCUAGGUGGCACUUUCCUUCAUACAAUGCAAGUGUUUCACUGUAUUGGUCACCAUUUCUUGUGCAAGGUGUUGAAAAAUCAAACACAAGGCCAAAUAAUAUUUUAUACUUGGAUCAUGUUGAUGAGAGGUGGAUAAAGGAUAUUGAUCAAUUGGACAUGAUUGUGCUUUCAUUUGGGCAUUGGUUUUUGCUUCCAGCAGUUUACUAUGAGGGUGGUUCAGUUUUAGGUUGCCAUUACUGUCCUGGCCUAAAUCACACUGAGAUUGGAUUUUACGAUGUAAUAAGAAAGGCUUUAAGGACUACCCUUAAUAGCAUAAUUGAAAGAAGAGGAGGUAAAGGUAAAGGCAAUGGAAUAGAUGUAAUUGUAACAACAUUUACACCUCAUCAUUUUGAAGGUGAUUGGGAUAAGGCAGGUGCUUGUCCAAAGACAAUACCUUAUAGAAAUGGGGAGAAGCAACUUGAAGGAAUGGAUGCUGAGAUGAGAAAGAUUGAGAUAGAAGAAGUGGAAGAUGCCAAGGGAAAAACUAGUAAACUUGGAAUGUUUAGGUUGGAGGCAUUGGAUGUAACUAAAUUAGCAUUUUUGAGACCUGAUGGUCACCCAGGACCAUAUAUGAAUCCUCUUCCAUUUGCUAAUGGGGUUCGAGAGCGCGUGCAGAAUGAUUGUGUUCAUUGGUGCUUGCCCGGGCCUAUAGACACAUGGAAUGAGAUCUUUCUAGAAAUUAUGAAGAAGUGGGAGAAACAGACAGGGAGUGAACACUGAGUUACCAUAGUUUUAAAUCCAAGCCCCCAACUGUGAAGGAAAUUGUGACAUAAGGUUUGGUAGGUUUGCAGAACUGCAAUUGCGACUGCAUCAUCCGUAUUUGUGGUAAUUUUCUACAAUAUCAAGUAUCGCGGCCUGACUGUAAUCAUAAUUUUAAACUUUGAUAGUCACUAUCAUUUCGUUUUCUUUUUCAUGUUUAGAAGAAAUGAGGAAUCAAUAUUCAAUAUCAUGAGACAUCUAACUUGAAUUAUAGCAUACCUGCAAGAAGAGACUACAAAUGUAUGAAGACACAAAUUUGGAGCCGGGCACAAUUUUAAAUAUGAAGACAUCUUGUUAAAGUUUAAAUA